AUGACAGCCUGUGCCAUUAUGUUCUUUCUAUGGCCGUUCAAAACAAAAUAUAAGCCACUUCAAGGAGAUAACGAUGCCGUCUCAUGUGCUAGACACUUUUCGUCGGAUACCGAUGAGGAAGAGCUGCCAGAUGUAUUGAAUCGCUUUUGUCAUAGAGAGAAAAACGAAGAGAUUGUUCGUAAAGAUGCUACCGAAUGCCUUUUGUAA